AGUCGAAAACCUCUGUGCGGAAAAAGCAGAAAAUGCAGUAAGCCUAAUUCUCACCAAGGACGCUGUGAUUCUAGUAGAACUUUUCACGCAUUCUGGAAGAGUUCAUCUUCACACGUAGCUUUGAAAAGAAAAGUAGAGUUACAAGAACAAAACAAAAGGUUAUCACAGGACAUUGAAGCGAAAAAGGCUCGGCUGGAUGAAUAUGGUAAUACUAUAACUUUGAGUGUUUUCGAAACGUGCAAAAGAUUUCAUUUUUACCACCAUGCUACUCUGAAGUUCGAACGGAAAAUUAAGUUAUGUAUAUACAACAUUCUGUUCCUUUAGUAUUUUAUUUACAUGUGAUUGCAAAAAAUGUUGAGAUCUAAUUUCUCUGUUUGUUUUUUUUGGUUUUUUUUAAGAGGGACAAAUACAAACUUCUGUUGCUGAGAAAGAUGCAGUAGAAGAAGAGCUACAAAGCCUUCAAAAGAGUGUGGAAGAAAAGGAAGAUCAAGUAAAGCAACAAGAGGAAAAAGUAACACAAUUAAAUGAGCAAUAUCACAAAUUUAAAUCUCUGCUUGAACAAAAAGGCUUUUCAGUAGCUAGGAGAAAAAAUGUUAGUACAACUUAUGAUAUGAUUACAAAUGUCAAUUCCAGCACUAAGUACAGACGAAGACAGGAGACAAAAAAUGUAUUAGAAUUUAUUCAUGGGGGAAAGGAAGGGUCAAUAUAUGGGGCUUGGGAUUAUAUUUCAUCUACUGCUGACAAUCAAACCAUGGACACACUGAUUUCUGGACUUAAACGAGGGAAAUAUCUCUAG